UUUCACAAUGAUCGGCUGUUCUGACUCGUUGUGUAUUUUUUGCUUCUUUUUUUGCUUCUGCGAGCAAAGAAGAUCCUCAUUCUCGCAGGUUUAGAUUGGGCAACAAUACAACAAAGGGCGACUCGUUAGGCUUGACUCGACCGAAAUUGACAUCUGACAACGCUAAGUGAAUAUGUGUGUGUCUGACUGGUCGAUGGGAUGAUCGCCCACAAAGUUAGGGAGUCUUCCCCGGUGGCGUCGUAAAGCCACCCGGCGAUCCAGAACCCCUACCUCGCAACGCCCAGCUAGCGUUUCUCGUUAGUGAGAACGGGAGGUUUAUCUUGUGAGAAAUAUCCGGGGCGGGUUCGAGAUGCGAACUAACUUUAAAGCCCGCUGGUUCUGGAAUACUUUUCUUCUUACUUUGUACUGUGGUGCUCUGUUACUUCAUCCCUACGACAUCCCCUCAUGUGAACUGGUCUCCUUUUCGUUUUAGCAUCAUCGUUUCUUUAGCAUGGCCUCGUUGUAUGGCCGUGACGAGAACGCCGAUCGGAGCAGCGAGCUCAGUGCCACGACGACAAUUGUUCUCGUGCUGUCUGUUGUGUUUGUCGCUCUGCGAUUCUGGGCGCGAUAUGUGAGGAUUGGAUAUGGAACUGAUGACUGGUUGACUCUGGUAGCGCUGGUCUUUGUUUUCAUCACGGGGGGACUCAAUUAUGGCAUGAUUGCGCAUGGUCUUGGAAAGCAUGCGAAGCGCGUCUCGACAGAAGAUCAAAUAAUCUUCUUCAAGCUCCUCCUCGCCUUCGAAAACAUCUACGUCACGGCGGUGAUGCUCAUCAAACUCGCCCUUCUAUCGAUGUACCUGCGCAUCUUCCCAUCUCGAAACUUCCGAUUGGCCUCCGCCCUCAUCGCUGCUGUCGUGAUUGGUUGGUGGAUUGCGAUUUGCGCUGUGUGUAUAUUCCAGUGCCAUCCGAUCAAGAAGGCUUGGAUGCCCUGGAUUGAUGGGACUUGCAUCAACCUCAAGGCUUCGUUCAUUGGCAAUGCAAUUCCGAAUAUUGUAACAGAUAUUGCAAUUUUGUGUCUACCAGUCGGGCCGAUCAUCAAGUUGCAGGUGAACAUGGCGCAAAAGUUGUCGCUGUUGGUUAUCUUUUUGCUCGGCAGCUUUGUCUUGUUCGCCAGUAUAUAUCGAUUCACGACAAUCAUGCAAUUCGAUCCAGUGGAUACGACAUGGACCCUCGCUACAGCUUGCACCUGGUGUGUCGUCGAAGUAGCCUGCGGAACCAUCGCCCUCUGCCUCCCAACACUCCGACCACUAAUGCUUAUGAUCUCAUCGAAGUUCGAAAGCGUCACAUCCAGAAAAGAUGCAGUUGCUCGCACCGGAAUGCAAACAGAACUCGUCACAAUUGGAGGAACAGGUGGAAAGACAGGGCAUUUUCAUCGGAUAGAUGAUGCAUAUGAACCCAACUCAAGUCAAAGGGGACUUGCUACAAGUAAUGGAAGCAUACCGCAUGUUGAUCCGAGUGAUCGAGGAUCAGGUGAGGAAGUGUCGUUACACCAAGGGAAGAUUGAUCUUGGGCCCAGAUAAUUUACGCUCGAGUUGGGGAUUUGUAUCAUAGGGAAAGCUUAGCAAGCCUGGCAUAAUACCAUUUGAAUAUUCAAGCAUCAUCGCCAAUUGAGGCGCGACCAAUUGAGCGCUCAUCGUCUGGGAUUUGGUGGCUGAUGGAUCGUUUCAUGACAUUGGUACUGACGUUCUAGUCCACAUGAAGAACGUUGGCGCACGUGAGAAAAUUCCAGAUGAACCGCCUACAGCCAUGAAAUAUAAAUUGUCAAAGCGCUGUU